UCGGCCUAGGUGAUGUACUCGCGCAACAAGGCGUUGAGCGGCGCGGACUACAUCAUGAUUUCCUACGUACUGGCCGUAUGGUCUUCUUUGGGGGUGUCAUGGCAGGUCCCGUACUGGUAGGCUGGUACCGUUUCAUGGAUCGCUAUAUCAACUUGGCGACACCAAAUAAGACUCUACUUGCUCGUGUAGCAGCCGAUCAGCUUGCCUUUGCGCCCAUCAACCUGGGCUACUUCUUCUAUGCGCAGGGCUUGCUGGAAGGCAAGGAACAGCGGGAUAUUUCUGCAAAGCUCGCUGCGGCAUGGCUACCCACAUUGAUUGCGAAUUGGAAGCUGUGGCCAGCCGUACAGCUCAUCAAUUUCCGCUUUGUACCUCUUGAGCAUCGUUUGCUUGUGGUCAACCUGGUUGCGCUGGGAUGGAACUGUGUCUUGUCUGCUGUCAAUGCUGGCGACGGUGUGGUCAAGGAGAUGAAGACGUUGCAGGUGGAAGCACAGGCAUAAUUGGGAAGCCUGUGCAAUGGGCUGUCUUCUGUAUGGAUGAGUAUAUGAUAAUGAAAUAGACCA